AUUCCUAAUCCGUGAUUUUUCUCUUCACCUACGGCACUCUUCUGCGGUCCAGCUUGUGAACCUUCUAUACCAGAUACCAGGGAAUUACCGCAAGCUCUGCCUGAAGACUAGCACGUCAAUUUGGUCAACAGAAAAAUACAGAAUGAAGACUAAAAGCCAUCUGCAAAGGCCAGUCUAAACUAUUUUACUCUCUUUCCACCCUUCUUCAAUCCUUUCAGCCAGCGGGAAAUUUGCGGAUAGGAGGGACAGCAAACUAGGGACCUGCCAAAGUCAAGAGGCCCAAACCUCCAUGAUAUACUGUCUGUUGCCGUUGUUGAAACUGCAAUGUCGUCGUCCAUCGCCUCCUCCAUCUUCCACCCCUACCUCUCCCCUUCCCUGUCCGCCCUGCUAGCCCACCUCCCUGCCUCCCUCCCUCUGGACACACUGAGCCGCACGCCUCCAUCGCGGCUCCAACGCACCGCCCUCCCCAACAUCGGCCUGAUCGAACUCGUCUCGGCCACGGAUUUCUCGACACUGUAUGACCCGCUCUACGUCCACAGCUUCCCCCGCGCAGCCGAGCGGGAACGGUCAGAUCUGAUCGUCGAGCGCCUCGCGGCCCAGGCGAAGGGUGAGAGGACGGGUCUGGCGCCCUAUCGGAUCGUCGGGAUCCGCGAUCACCAGGGCGAGGCGAUCGGGGCGGCUCAGUUCAGCGUCUUGCCCGUCCCCCCGCGGAAAGGGAGGCAGAGCACGACCGGUACGGAUGCAGAUCGUAAUGGAGGCGAUGGCGACGGCUUGGACGGAAGGGCGACGCAAUACGCCGUGCCGUAUCUGCAAUACAUCUACGUCCGCCGCCAGAACCGGCGCCAAGACAUGUCCGAGGUCCUGCACACGAUGGUGCUCGCCGUGGCCGCCGCGGAUGCCGCUCUGAUGGACGCCGAGGACGGAGACUCGACUUCUCCAGGCGCGGGCCCGGUCAUGCGGAGCGUGCCCUUCACGCUCUUCGAAACGGAACCGCCGGACCACGGCGACGACCACGACAGCCGGGCAUACGCGCUGGAGCGGUCCAAAAUCCACACCUCGACGGGCGGCAUGGCGCUUGUCCUGCGUCGGCCGCGGCAUCAGAAAGGCAGCGACGACGUAGAAGACGAGAUACUGAGCGCGCACGUCCAACCUGGCCUGGAACCCUCCGAUCCGCCCCUGACCCUCGUCUGGAUCAUCCGGCCUGCACCGACGUCCACGCCUGGUCAGGACUAUGAUCUUACCACUCUCGGCAAGGCCCUCGUCGCGGCGUACUACCAGAGUUUGAGGGACGAAGGGUUUCCGGAGAAGAAUAUCGCUCUUGCGGAAGGGAUUGUGGAACAGAGAUGUAAGGGCAGUAUCUUUCAACUGAUGCCCCUGGGCGAUGUAAGGGACUUUAGUGCGGACAAGGGGAACUUAGACAUAAAGGAGAAUAAUUGAUAUCUUGCAUAGCAAAUUGUACUGUUGACUAUCAAAAAAGCAUUCAUUCUGACAUUCUCGGCACUGGACGGGGC